AUGUCGAAUUCUAGUAGAUGUGCAGCAUGCAAAUCUUUGAGAAGAAAAUGCCCUCAAGAUUGCGUUUUAGCACCAUAUUUUCCUUCAAAUAAUCCUCAGAGAUUUUCGUGGGUUCAUAAGAUCUUUGGUGCCAGCAAAAUUACAAAAAUGCUACAGCAACUUCCAGUGGAAUUAAGAGGGGAGGCAGCAGAUUGCAUGGCAAUGGAAGCAUAUUUAAGAGUUGAAAAUCCAGUUUAUGGAAGUGUUGGAAUAAUAUAUCAAUAUCAACAACAAAUAAUUGAAGUCCAAAAUGAGAUAAUAAAGAUAAAUGGUGAAAUUGCAGUUUACAAUGCCCUUCUUCAACACCAGCAGUUGCAGCAACACCAAGAUUCAUUUUUUAGUACUGAUAAUGACUUCAACUUAUGA